GAGCUGUUCACGCUGACCUACGGAGCUCUGGUCACUCAGCUCUGCAAGGACUACGAGAACGAUGACGACGUCAACAAGCAGCUGGACAAAAUGGGGUACAACAUUGGGGUUCGGCUCAUUGAGGACUUCCUGGCUCGUUCCAACGUUGGGAGGUGCCAUGAUUUCCGUGAGACUGCAGAUGUGAUUGCAAAGAUUGCAUUCAAGAUGUACCUUGGAAUCACUCCAAGCAUCACCAACUGGAGCCCUGGGGGUGACGAGUUCUCCCUGAUCUUGGAGAACAACCCCUUGGUGGACUUUGUGGAGCUCCCUGACAACCACUCAACCCUCAUCUACUCCAACCUGCUCUGUGGGGUGCUGCGGGGUGCCCUGGAAAUGGUGCAGAUGGCUGUGGAUGUGAAGUUCGUGCAGGACACGCUGAAGGGUGACAGCGUCACGGAAAUACGGAUGAAGUUCAUCAGGAGGAUCGAGGACAACCUUCCAACUGGGGAGGAGUGAAGCACAGCCCCAUCUCCCUGGGGACUGGAGGGACCAGCUGGGCUUGGCUGUUAGCUUUCCUCACAGGUCCAUAGGGAUCUCGUGCCCUGCGCACUCAGACUGACUCACUGACUGUUUCAGAUGUUGUUUUAUUCUUCUACUGU